AUUAUGUACCUUCUGCUCUUUGGUGGCGUCUACUCCCAAAUCUUGUGUAAACGUCUGGCGGGUGACAGCGGGACAUUCACCAGCCCAAACUACCCAAACAACUACCCGAGCAGCUAUGACUGUGUCUACGAGAUCACUGUCACACCGCCCUACGUCGUCAGACUGACCUUCACAGACUUUAACCUUGAACAUGACUACGACUUCGUGUACGUUUAUGACGGAAUCACAACUGACGACUCCAGGCAAAUAUCACUGCUGACGGAGAAAAUUCUUCCCGAACCGGUGACAUCAUCAGGGAACACCAUGACUGUAAGAUUCACGUCAGACGCAUCAAAGAACAAGAAAGGGUUCAGAGCACACUACUCAGCCGUGGAUUCGUAUUUUAAUUCCCAAGAAAUCGGUCGGUAUCGAUGUGCCGACAACGUCACCUUCAUAGACGCUCGAACACGGUGCGACGGACGUAAUGACUGCAAGGAUGGCAGCGACGAGGAUGAAAAAAACUGUGCUUGUCAAGAUAUUCCAUCAUCUCUACCGAUGUGCCUGGACUUGGAGUACACAAAGAUGACACUCCCCAACCCGCUCAACUUCACCCACACCACGGUAGAGCAGAUCAAAAAUUCUACAAGUUUCAGUAGACUUACCACCCUGGCAUACUCCAAAUGCCACCCCCGUGUUAGGGACAUCGUCUGUGCCGUUAUUGUUCCACGGUGCGAGUCGAGUCCGAAUUUCACACAGCAGCUACCCUGCCGAUCGUGGUGUGAGGAAGUGGCGUAUUCCUGCCAUGAAGAGCCUUCUUGGUCAGCGUUUCCUGGCUGCAAAAUUCUGCCAAAGGAAAAUUGCAACAACAUCAUGGCCUCGACGACUAAGGCGGGUGACGAGUGUUUUGACGGAAACGGUGCAAAUUAUAGAGGGGACGCGGCAAUAGGUCCUGUGGCCGUAGUGGACUGUCUGCGAUGGGACGAUGACCACUACUACCAAGAGGUUUACCCCUGGGCAAACCUUGAGGACAACAAAUGCCGUAACCCUGAUGGACAUGCCAGGCCAUGGUGCUACACACCGACUGGUUUAGAGUACUGCGACAUUUUUCCCUGCAACCUGGAUGGGUGCAAGGAUCCGGGGAACCCGCGGUUUGGAAAAAGGAAGCCCGUACUGAAGUUUUACUGGCCUGGGGAUAGAAUCACCUAUAGUUGCGAUGUAGGGUUCAAGUUCAAAGAAGACUCCCCAUCUAACAAAGUCCGAUGUAUUGUCAACAACGUAACGGGAGAGGCUGAUUGGGAAUCAGAGAGGCCUCAAUGUCAACGGGACUACAUAUACGAUCUCCAACAUGAUCUCAUCCUAGAAUCGGAUAUCUACAACAGGGAAGUGUCCCCAACAACUAGCUUAAAAAUGAGGGCAUACGUUGUUAAGAUCAUUACUUUGGAUGAAAAGGAAGAGCAGAUAGUAACAUCCUUCAAAGCUGAAUACAUCUGGAGAGACGAUAGACUGAGCUGGGAUCCUACAGAUUACGGAUCGUUACACCAUCUUCACGUCAGCGACGAUCUAGUCUGGAAACCAACGCUGACACUGCAGGGAAAUGCGGACACAAGAUACAGCGGUGGCUUCCCCGCGACAGAGGUAGAUAUUGAUUUUGAAGGUGAAGUCAUCUGGCCUGUAGAAUCCCUGGCUAAAACCACGUGUGACCUGGACCCCUUCCACUUCCCGCAGGACAACAUGACAUGUGCAGUGUGCUGGAGAGCCGUGGGAGAGUACACAAUCGGGUGUUCGAAUUCUACAAGCGAGGAGGACGAGAACUUCCUGACUUGCCAGAAUGACAGGGCUGAAGUUGAGGACGGGGAGUGGAGCGGCAUUGCGACCCUCUCAGCAUUUAACAACGAGGCCUGCCUGACGAUCACCCUCAAACGGGAUGCCACAUAUCACUUAGCCACUACCAUCUCUCCUUGUUUCAUCCUCAUUGUACUGAUGGUUAUCACCUUCAUUGUGCCAAUCGAUAAAGGCGACAGGAUCGGGUUCGGCGUUACCGUGCUGCUGGCUAUGGUCGUGUCGCUGGUCGUCAUCACGGGGUUUCUACCUGUGUCAAACACUCUACCGUUCAUAGCUAUGCUGAUCAUUGUUUGCAUGGCUCUGAUGGCUCUCUUCAUGCUGACGACUGUCUUUAUCAUUAUCAUACACGACAAGAAGGGACCCGUUCCGAGAUGGGCACGGAUACUCUUAAUGAAACACUUAGCAAGGUUCCUAUUGAUGGGAGAUUUGACAAAGAAGCUGGAAACCGAGAAGCAAGCAGACUACACUUUCACCAGGAGAGUAAAGGACAUCGGAGGACACAAACUGCCAAAAAUGAAGAAUGAGGUCGGUGCUGUCAUUGGAGUAAAGAUGGACGAGCUGAACAGCAUCGUUAGGAUAAAGCUGACCGAGAUUAAGCGUUCUAUCGAUGUUCUAGCUAGGGCGACUAGUGGUAAUCACGAGGGGGAGGAUGGGGAAUACGCCUUGUUGGCUGACGUUCUGGACCGGUUGAGCCUGAUUCUCUACAUAAUCGCCGUUGCCGUGGCCGUCCCAUGUACUGCACUUAUUAGUCGUAAUUGA